AUGUCAACCUCCACCGUAUCGCGUGAUCAAGCCAAUGACUACGCAGGAGACGAUCGAAGACGCCCAGAACGAACCGUCACGACGCACCACACACCUAUCGGUGUUACGGUUGGGACCGUGCCCUACAACUAUCCUAUUUUUCCAGCUUAUGCGAAAGUCGGACCCGCGUUGCUAACUGGGAAUGUCUUCAUCCUGAGAGCGUCCCCUUCCGCCCCUUACUGCUGCCUCAAGCUGGCUGAACUUGGCUCGCGCUUCUUUCCGCCGGGCGUCUUCCAGGCACUGGGCGGAGAUAAGGAUCUGUCCCUGGCUGACGGAACACCCAGACCGGGAAUGUCUGGAUCAAGAUCCAGGCUAGCACUACCUUUGAAGAACACAAAACAGAGCGGGAUUGGCGUUGAAUGGGGCGUGGAAGGCCUGAAAGCCUACUGCAACCUCCAAAGCGUGUGCACUAACUAG